GCGGGCACAGCCGGGGCCUCGGGCGCCGCGCGCCUUGGCUGGCCGCCCUGGGGUGGACGCUGGCGGGAGAGCUGGGGCAGGAUGAGCGCGGAGGACGGAGUUGGGGGGAGCCGAAGGCUGGUGGACAAGGAGGACCGACCCGGGAAAGCCCAGCGGACUCAUCCUCUGCCCUCCCUUGACCUUGAGCUUUUUCCGCCUCUUCCUGUCUCUUUCAGCCGCGUGCUAGGGGUGAUGCCAAACUUUUUUUUUUUUCCUCUUUCAAACGGACGGAUUUUCCAUGAUCUCCAACUAACAGUAUUGAAGCUGCCGAAUCAAGUUAGUUCCCAUGAUCUUCUCCGCUAAUGCAUCUGCAUUAUUCACUGAGGUCCCCGCCCCCGAGAUGCACACUGAUAAGUUAACGGGUCGGCCACCCUGAUUUGAAGCAAAUCUGUAUUCAUGAAGAGUGACUGCAUACCAACCACAAUAUGUCAAGAAAGAAAAAAAGAUCCAAUAGAAAUGCUUCAUUCUGGGCAGCUGGUAAAAGUCUGUGCCCCAAUGGUUCGAUAUUCAAAGUUGGCUUUUAGAACAUUAGUAAGAAAAUAUGGUUGUGAUCUGUGCUAUACACCAAUGAUAGUUGCUGCUGAUUUUGUCAGAUCAAUAAAAGCCCGAGACAGUGAAUUUACUACAAACCAAGGUGAUUGCCCAUUGAUUGUUCAGUUUGCUGCUAAUGAUGCGAGACUUUUAUCUGAUGCUGCUCGUAUUGUCUGUCCUUAUGCGAAUGGCAUAGACAUUAACUGCGGUUGCCCUCAGAGGUGGGCAAUGGCAGAAGGUUAUGGAGCUUGCUUAAUAAACAAGCCAGAGCUUGUUCGAGAUAUGGUGAAACAAGUAAGAAAUCAAGUGGAAAAUCCCAGAUUUUCAGUAUCUAUUAAAAUAAGGAUCCAUGAUGACCUUACAAGAACUAUAGAUCUUUGUCGAAAGGCUGAGGCAACAGGAGUUUCUUGGAUUACAGUCCAUGGAAGAACUGUUGAAGAAAGACAUCAGCCAGUUCACUAUGAGGCCAUUAAAAUAAUUAAGGAAAACAUGUCUAUACCUGUAAUUGCUAACGGAGACAUCAGAAGCUUAAAAGAAGCAGAAAAUGUGUGGCAUAUUACUGGGACAGAUGGUGUGAUGGUUGCAAGAGGACUCUUAGCAAACCCUGCCAUGUUUGCUGGCUAUAACGAAACCCCGCUGCAGUGCAUCUGGGACUGGAUUGACAUUGCUCUUGAACUUGGAACUCCUUAUAUGUGUUUCCAUCAACAUUUAAUGUACAUGAUGGAAAAAAUAACUUCAAGGCAGGAAAAAAGAGUGUUUAAUGCUUUGUCAAGCACAUCAGCAGUUUUAGAUUACCUUACAGACCAUUAUGGGAUUUGACUGGACUUCCUAAAGUAUUUUAAUAUUUACUUCACUUUAUAUCUACAGUGAAACCACCCAAGGUCACAUUUUGGUUUUUACUUUAAGUCAGUGUCUCUCCCCCAUAAGCAUAAAAACAGUGCCCUGAGAACAUUUUAAAAAGUUAGUCCUAGACCCCAUCCUCAGAGAUUCUGAUUCAGUACAUCUGUAGGAUGGAAACAAAAUUUAGUUGUAAAGAAGACCCCAGGUAGAGCAAACAUCCUGGUCACUCUACCAAACAUUGACAAAAUAUUGUUCUGAAUCCUAUUAUGGAUUUAAAAAAAAAAAAAAUUUCCUAAAGGAAUUGUGUUUUUAACAUUUUUAAAUAAAUUUUUUAUUUUAAUACUAAAA